GAUGUCAGCUCCGGUUGCUGUGCUGACUCGGAAGUGGGAGCCCUUCGGCCACUGAGCUUGUCGUGUCGUCGCUGCUGGCCUUUCAGGCUCUGCCCCUCCCCCUAGGUCUGGAUGGAGGAUACCUUAAAGUGAAAUGACAGACCAGGAGAACAACAACAACAUCUCAAGUAACCCCUUUGCUGCUCUUUUUGGCUCCCUGGCUGACGCCAAACAGUUUGCAGCAAUUCAAAAAGAGCAGCUGAAGCAACAAUCCGAUGAACUCCCAGCUAGCCCAGAUGACUCGGAUAAUAGUGUGUCAGAGAGCCUGGAUGAAUUUGAUUACUCUGUGGCUGAGAUUAGCCGCUCAUUCCGAUCACAGCAGGAAAUAUGUGAACAGCUCAACAUCAAUCACAUGAUCCAAAGGAUCUUCCUCAUUACUCUGGACAACAGUGAUCCAAGCUUGAAAAGUGGGAAUGGCAUCCCUAGUCGUUGUGUGUAUUUGGAAGAAAUGGCAGUAGAGCUGGAAGAUCAAGACUGGCUUGAUAUGAGCAAUGUUGAACAGGCUAUCUUCGCUCGCUUGUUACUUCAAGAUCCAGGCAACCACUUGAUUAACAUGACUUCUUCUACGACGUUAAAUCUCUCUGCUGAUCGAGAUGCGGGGGAGAGGCACAUUUUUUGUUACCUUUACUCCUGCUUCCAAAGAGCCAAGGAAGAGAUUACCAAAGUUCCAGAGAACCUGCUACCUUUUGCAGUGCAGUGCAGGAACCUCACUGUGUCAAAUGCCCGAACAGUUCUCCUCACCCCGGAGAUCUAUGUUGACCAAAACAUUCAUGAGCAACUGGUAGAUUUGAUGUUGGAAGCCAUCCAAGGAGCCCAUUUUGAAGAUAUAACUGAGUUUCUGGAAGAGGUCAUUGAAGCCUUGAUAUUGGAUGAGGAGGUUCGAACAUUUCCGGAAGUCAUGAUUCCAGUGUUUGAUAUUUUAUUGGGCCGAAUAAAAGAUCUAGAGCUCUGCCAGAUCCUGUUGUAUGCAUAUCUGGAUAUUCUUCUCUAUUUCACUAGGCAAAAGGAUAUGGCAAAGGUUUUUGUAGAAUACAUUCAACCCAAAGACCCUAGCAAUGGGCAAUUAUACCAGAAGACCUUGCUGGGAGUAAUUCUGAAUAUCUCCUGCUUAUUAAAGACUCCGGGUGUUGUAGAAAAUCAUGGCUACUUUCUGAAUCCAUCUCGUUCCAGUCCCCAGGAGAUCAAAGUACAGGAGGCCAACAUCCAUCAGUUCAUGGCUCAGUUCCAUGAAAAGAUCUACCAGAUGCUGAAGAACUUACUCCAGCUCUCUCCAGAAACCAAACACUGUAUCUUGUCCUGGCUUGGAAACUGUUUGCAUGCAAAUGCAGGCCGCACCAAGAUUUGGGCCAAUCAGAUGCCAGAAAUCUUCUUCCAAAUGUAUGCCUCGGAUGCCUUCUUUCUAAAUCUGGGUGCCGCUCUCCUGAAGCUAUGCCAGCCGUUUUGCAAACCCAGAUCCUCUCGGCUCCUCACCUUUAAUCCUACUUACUGUGCCAUGAAGGAGUUGAAUGAUGAAGAACGAAAAAUUAAAAAUGUACACAUGAGAGGUUUGGACAAAGAAACCUGUUUGAUCCCAGCUGUGCAGGAGCCAAAGUUUCCCCAGAACUACAAUCUUGUAACAGAAAAUCUUGCCCUGACAGAGUACACCUUGUACUUGGGAUUUCACAGGUUGCAUGAUCAGAUGGUAAAAAUCAACCAAAAUCUGCAUCGGCUGCAGGUUGCCUGGCGGGAUGCUCAGCAGAGUUCUAGCCCUGCUGCUGAUAAUCUUCGUGAGCAGUUUGAGCGACUGAUGACCAUCUAUCUUUCUACCAAGACUGCUAUGACUGAACCACAGAUGCUACAAAACUGCCUAAAUUUGCAGGUGUCCAUGGCUGUACUACUGGUUCAACUGGCCAUAGGCAAUGAAGGGUCACAGCCAAUAGAGCUAACUUUUCCUUUGCCAGAUGGCUACAGCUCUUUGGCUUAUGUGCCAGAAUUUUUUGCAGAUAACCUGGGUGAUUUUCUCAUUUUUCUUCGCCGCUUUGCCGAUGACAUCUUAGAGACAUCAGCAGAUUCCCUGGAGCACGUCCUUCACUUUAUCACCAUUUUCACUGGAAGCAUAGAAAGAAUGAAGAAUCCCCACCUCAGGGCCAAACUAGCUGAGGUGUUAGAAGCAGUGAUGCCCCACUUGGAUCAGACUCCAAAUCCUUUGGUGUCCAGUGUGUUCCACCGGAAACGUGUGUUCUGCAACUUUUCAUAUGCUCCCCAACUUGCAGAAGCUCUAAUCAAAGUUUUUGUGGACAUUGAGUUUACAGGAGACCCCCAUCAAUUUGAACAGAAGUUUAAUUACCGCCGCCCCAUGUAUCCCAUUCUAAGAUACAUGUGGGGCACAGAUACCUAUCGGGAAAGCAUUAAGGAUUUGGCUGACUAUGCCUCUAAGAAUUUAGAAGCCAUGAAUCCCCCACUUUUCCUCCGCUUUCUUAACCUGCUAAUGAAUGAUGCCAUCUUCCUUUUGGAUGAAGCCAUACAGUAUUUGAGCAAGAUAAAGAUUCAGCAGAUUGAGAAGGACCGAGGUGAAUGGGAUAGUCUGACUCCAGAAGCCCGCCGAGAAAAGGAGGCUGGCCUCCAGAUGUUUGGACAGCUGGCACGUUUCCAUAACAUCAUGUCCAAUGAAACAAUCGGUACCCUUGCCUUUCUAACAUCAGAGAUCAAAUCACUUUUUGUGCAUCCCUUCCUGGCUGAGCGCAUCAUUUCCAUGCUGAACUACUUCCUGCAGCACCUGGUUGGCCCCAAGAUGGGUGCCUUAAAAGUCAAGGACUUCAGCGAAUUUGACUUCAAACCCCAGCAGCUUGUAUCAGAUAUCUGCACUAUCUACUUAAAUCUUGGGGAUGAGGAGAAUUUCUGUGCCACUGUGCCCAAGGAUGGACGUUCCUAUUCCCCAACUCUCUUUGCACAGACAGUUCGAGUCUUGAAGAAAAUAAAUAAGCCUGGGAAUAUGAUUGUGGCUUUCAGCAACUUGGCAGAGCGAAUCAAGUCUCUUGCAGACCUCCAACAACAGGAAGAGGAGACCUAUGCAGAUGCAUGUGAUGAGUUCCUGGAUCCCAUCAUGAGCACACUGAUGUGUGACCCUGUGGUGCUGCCAUCUUCCAGAGUCACUGUGGAUAGGUCCACCAUUGCCAGACAUUUGCUCAGUGACCAAACAGAUCCUUUUAACCGUAGUCCCCUUACCAUGGACCAGAUCCGGCCAAACACAGAACUAAAAGAAAAAAUCCAACGGUGGCUUGCAGAGAGGAAACAACAACAAAAGGAACAGCUUGAAUAAAGACUGUGAACUCAACAAACCAAAAAACAACCCAGAGUGUAGAUAAACAGUUGUUUGUGGGUUCUCUUUCUGGUUCUGUUCCUUUUCUUUUUCUUUCCUGUUUCCCCCCUCUACUAAAUUAGAGAGCUGCUCUUGCUCAAAUUAUGACAAUUAAGAUUCCUACGAACUUGACGAUGCUCCCCUGGUUGGCAGGAAAUCACACUUCUUGUCUAGUGCCACCAGGGUUAGAAAUCAGCGCUCAUUUCUAGCCUUUGUCCCCUCCCUAUUCUUCCUUCUUCCUUUUCCUAAUUAUGCUGACUUCAACUCCUGAGAGUUCCUGCCACCCUACUGUUUCUCUUCCAGGUACUGCUCAAACGUUUUUGGUGAGCACUGCCUUUAAGUAUACGAUGUCACAUCUUUCAGUGACAGCUGAUAGCAUCAGAAAACCCUUUAUGUAUACUAGUCCUCAUGGUCUGGACUUGAGCCUCUUUCCUUGUUACAGCUCUGUAAUGUCACUGAACGACUUUUCACAUAAAAUCAGGUACCUCGAAGUUUGUGUGGACUUGAAUAAGAUGAUGGAUUUUUCUUUUAAGGAAUCUUAUGCAACUUCUGUUGGUAGCUCUUAAUUUUGUUAUCUUGGAACUCAAAGAUACCAUCUCAGACAAACACACUCUCCCACGGGGUUGUCACCACUGAAAACUUAGCCCUACAGUCUUUUUAUGAGGAUGGGUAGGACAAAUGGACAGUUUUGACACUUCAAUCAAAAAUAUUCCAGAAUGAAGAGGCUGUUGGGCCCCUUUUCGCUAUGAAAAUCUGUUGCUACAAGGACUAGGCCUAAGUAGAUUUAGGCAACAGACAUUGUAACCAUGAAAAAUGUCAUUUUAAGACACUAAUAACAGUAUAUCUCAGUGUGUGAGAUAUAUACACACAUAUAUACCGUAUGCUUUUUUAUAUUGGUCUAAUAUAAACUGAGUACCACUUUAUAUUGUCUCUUCCACAAUAAGAUGUAUGCAGUGUGUGGCCAUGUUUACUAACAUACUCAUUCUAUUCUAGACAAAUAAAAUUUGUUUAUAACACAGCCUUAGGUCAUCAACUAACAAAGUAGGAAUUUGAGCACAACUCUGUUCACAAAGACAUUUUAAAUUACCCACUUAGCCCUGUAUAGUUAGUAGGUGGAUGGUCCCCAAUUUCACAAGUUGAGCUUGAGUUCCCUACUCAAUCGUGCAGCUUAACAUGUGAAAGAGGCACAUUCCCUUAUGGGUUGUCUUUCUACCACCAUCUAUCUAAGCCCAGAGAUAACAUAAGUGACAAGAAAAGUGAUAUGAUCUAGAAACCGAAGUCAUUGCUUCUUUGGGAGGAUAUUAUUGUUAACUGUGGCCUCUUUGAAAUAAGAUGGUAUUUCAACACAAGUUGCUAUAAGCUGUCCUUGAUAUAUUUUUGAUGGUAUUAACAGGAAAGCCUCAAACCCAAGAAGGCUUCCCACUCUAAAUAUAAAGAAGGUGUUGCCUAUUGCUGUACUUAUAAAUGAAAAAGGAAGUCCAGGACACUUUUGCAAAUGCCAGAAGAUAACUGAGUGUGCUCCCUGAGCCUGUAAAGGCAUAGGUCGACAGGAUUUAUUUUCUAAAAUAAGCUUCAUUUCAUAUUUAUUAUCCUUUCCCUCUCUGAGAAUGAACUAUGUAUAAAAUAUGCUUCUACCUAUCUACUUGCAUUUAUCUUCUAGACCAAAUCUAAUAGGAUGUUUUCAUUUUACAAAGAAGAGGGGAGAAGACCAGAGUUUUACAGGAGAAAACUGGAGGAAAAUGGAGACAAAACCUCAGAAGGCAGCUGUGCCCAGUGGCUCUCUAGUCGACAGCCUCCAUGCUGCCUGUAGUCUGUGUCUGCAUUCUACUUCUGUACUUAACCUUCAGAUUGUAAGCCUUUUCUGGCAAGCUUUUCUUUUCCUUCUUUUUUUUUUUAAGCUAUUUUCCUGAAAUUUUUUUAUGAAUGGUUGUGGCACCAUUGAUGAUGCUGAAGUUCUUUAAAAUCAUCACAAAGGCAAGUGUGUAGCUUAAGGUCACUACUGGUAAGGAAACCAAGUGUCCUCUGUGCCUUUUUUCUUUCUGUGAAGUAAUUUAAGGACAUCCAAGAAAUUUAAACUUCAAAAAGUUAUCAUCUUGGUACAACACCGUGUGUAUAUGCACUUGUAAGCUUAAAAGGGUAUUUUCUCUGGAAGUCAGAAGCAGCUCUGUUAGAGCAGACUUUCUAACAGACCUAGUUUUAUGUGUUGGCUUUGCUGAAUAUAGUAGGAAAAUGAAGACUCUUUACUUAGCUCUGGUAUUGCUCAUAACUUACCAGAAGGUUCAUACUAAACUUGGAAAUUAUUUAUGUUUUAGCAGAUGGACUAGGUUUUGUUUUGUUUUUUGUUGCUUUUUUGUUUGUUUG